AUGAAAAAGUCUUCCCAUGGUACUUCCACGCAUGCUUACGAUCAGAAAAAUAUUCGGCGUCGAGUUUACGAUGCAUUGAAUGUUCUCAUGGCCAUGGGCAUUAUUGCCAAAGAUAAGAAGGAAAUCAAAUGGCUGGGAGUGCCAGCAUGUUAUCAGGGUGAUCAAGCUCAUAACAAAAAUAAAAAUGCCGAUUUAUUGCAACAAAUUGAACAAGAAGAGCGUCGGCAGGCCGAACUCGAAUCCAUGGUAGAUCGCACCCGGAUGCAAAUCCGUGGAAAAUUGACGCGCCAUUUGCAAGUGUGUGAUCUCAUUCAUCGGAAUCAGCAGCAGCCUACCACCGACGAUUCAGUGAUCUUUCUCCCAUUCUUUGCGGUAGAAUCCGAUCAGAAUACGCUCAUUGAUAAGACCCAAGACGGUAAAAGUGCCAUUGUAUCCAUUGAAGCCGACGUUGAACGAGCCAUCUACGAAGAUACCGACGUUUUGCACCAUUUAUCUUUUGGUAAAUCGAUUACGCCCGAGCUCGCCACUUGUCUACCCGAUCCAGCAUGGCAGCAAUUCUUAACCGAUCGCACCAGCGUCAAUGUGGCAUAA